AUGGCGCUCAAUCCAAGGACUCCAAGUCCACCACACCUCCCUCCUCUGGCAACAGCAGCAGCAACAAUAGCGGCAGCGGCGCCAGCGGCCAGCAUGGGCGGCCUGGUGGCAGCCAUAAUUAAUUUGGUGUCCACGUCUGCGACAGGCUUCGUCUUGCCAGUCAAGGUGAACGGCAUUGACCUGGAAGCCAAGAUCGACACUGGCGCCGAUCGAUCAAUUAUAUCGCCAGAGGUCGCAGACUCACUCAAGUCGAUCAAGAGGUCCCCAGCCGACGUCAAACUCACUGGAGCCUUUCACAAGGGUACUGUCACCGCCACCGAGCGUUGUGAACUGACCCUCAACAUGACUGGACGCGUUGACGAACAGCCAGUCAGCCUGCAUCUGAAUGCAGUGUUCUAUAUCGUGCCAUGCUACCUGGGCAUUGUGCUUGGUAACGAUGUGCUUGGCGCCACCCAGCCGACCUUGCACCUUUACGAUCCCUCCCCUCACUUCAAGGCCUUUGUGAACAUGGGCAAGAGGAUCAAGCUCGCAUAUAUACCCCUCUUAGACAAGGGCAUGCGACAAGCUGAGAGCAAGAGUGCUCUACUGUCCUCUUGUUACACCAAUCAAUCAUUAUAUAUAUAA